AUGCCUAUUGGUGUUCCAAAAGUUCUAUUCCGAAAUCCUGGAGAUCCAAUUUCAUCUUGGGUUGACGUAUACAACCGACUUUAUCGAGAAAGAUUACUUUUUUUAGGCCAAGGGAUUAGUACCGAUCUUUCGAAUCAACUUAUUGGUCUUAUGAUGUAUCUCAGUAUGGAGGAUGAGAACAAAGAGCUAUAUUUGUUUGUAAACUCUCCUGGGGGCUGGGUAAUACCUGGGAUCGCCAUUUAUGAUACUAUGCAAUUUGUGCGACCAGAUAUCCAUACAAUAUGCAUAGGAUUAGCUGCUUCAAUGGGAUCUUUUAUCCUGGCCGGAGGACAACUUACCAAACGUAUAGCAUUCCCUCACGCUAGGGUAAUGAUACAUGAACCUUAUAGUGCUUUUUAUAUGGCACAAGUAGGCGAAUUUGUCAUGGAAGCGGUAGAACUGAUGAAACUGCGUGAAACCCUCACAAGGGUUUAUGCAGAAAGAACGGGCAAACCCUUCUGGGUUGUACACGAAGAUAUGGAAAGAGAUAUUUUUAUGUCAGCAACAGAAGCCCAAGCUUAUGGAAUUGUUGAUUUUGUAGCGGUUCAAGGAAAAUAA